AUGGAAGACAGUUCAGAUGUAAAUUAUGAUCUAAAUAAUGGAGUAAAUAGUGACGUAAAUGAAAAUGUAAAUAAAAAUGGAAGUCUAAGUGAAAAUGGAAAUGAAAGUGGGAGGGGAAGUAAAGUGGAAAGUAGAAAUGGAAGUGGAGUGGCAAGUAGAAAAGGAAGUAAAAAUGGAAGUAAAAAUAUAAGUGAGCAUGAUUUGAAUAUUGAAAAUGAAAGUAAUAUAGAACAUAAAGGUGCUGAAUAUAUUCCUGAUUUGCAUGGAGCAGGUAAAGAGAGACAAGCAAUAACUUCAAUGGUUCAAGAUAUAGGAAUUCCGGGGCAAGUAGCACCUUAUCAUGCACCAUAUGAUGAUUUAAAUUCUGAGAAAGCAACUGUAUAUGAUGAAAAUGGACUCCCUAUUACAAAUAACUCAAAUAAUACUAAAGAUGAAAAGAAAUUGUGGUCUUGGACAAGUGAGGGGAAAUUAAAACUAUCAUGCUCACAACCAAUAAUUCCAGUGUCUGUAGUGCAAGGAAUCUUAAGAAGAGAUAAAAUUAUUUUAAUACCACAAGUAGAAGUUACUGACGUUAUUGUUCCAAAAAUUUAUAAUCAAAAUAUUAAACAUGAUGUACCAAAAUUAGAUAUAAAGGUAGAAAAUGCUCAUGUAAAAAUUCCAAAUGUUAAAUAUGUGGAUAAAGAAAUAAUUAUUCCUAUUAUUACCGGAUAUACCCAUAAAUUUGUUCCAAAAUGGGAAAUACAUGAAGUACCAAGACCUAUUGUUAAAUACAUUGGAGAACAAAAAAUUGUAGAAGUUGAAGUUCCAGAAAUCAAAUAUGUAGACAAAAUAGUGGAAAGAGAAGUAGUUGUUGAUACAAUAGAAAAAAGAGUCCCCAAAAUUAUAGAAAUACCAAAAUACGUUGAUGAAGUUCAGUAUGUAUGGAAACCUAUUGAAAAAAUUGUUUAUGUACAAAAACUUGUUCCUAAAUUUGAUGUUAAUUUAGAAUGUCCUCCACCUUUAAUUGUGCCUUAUCCAGUGCAAACAGUUAGGCAAAUACCACCUGUAAUGAUUAAAAAAGACACAAUAAUUCCAGAAUAUCAGCAUUAUGAUUUAAAUUCACCAGAAGGGUCUGUACCUAUUCCUGAAGAAUAUAUUAAGCAUUAUUCAAGAAAACAAAAUAUUCCAAAAGUGUGCUUUUCAUCUUGUUGUGAAUCAAAUGUAAAAAAUGAGGAAAAUGAAAAUGAAUGCAUUGAUGUAUUUCCAAGUUAUAUUAAAAGGAACUCAAGUGCAUCAUUUGAUAACAUAUUAAAUGUACCCAGUGAUUCAAAAUUCCCUAUAAAUGAUAAUACACAUAUUUUAAAUGAGAGUGAACAACACAUUGUUGACGUAAAUGCUUAA